CGUGAAUUGCCCGGAGGUCUCGUUAUGGAAGCAGGUAGUGACGGAUUUCAAUAAUUUGCCGGCGGGAAUUACUUAUUUUCUUCACCUAAAAAACAAAUGUUACAGAGAUUAACUUGGUGGGGUACUUUUCGCUAUGUUGUUUACUGUCAAAAUCAGAGUCGAAUAAGUUGAAAUUUGAGAAUUUCUUGCUACUCUUAAAAAUUGGUACGAUUGUUUGAGUGAAUUAAUCUUUUCACAAGUUUAAGGAAAUGUAUUGUUAGAAGAGGACAAAAGUUUUUUUGUCAGUAAAGUUAUCAAGUCUAGGGUGUAAUUUUGGUACGAUUGGUACGAUAUCUGGCUUUAGCCGAUCGAUAUUUUAAAUUGUGUGGAUUUAUUACCUCCUUUACCGGCUGUUAGGUGAAAAUCGAUGGUGGAUAAAUUAGUCUUAAUCAGUCUGAAGUGGUGCGUUGAUGGAAAAAGCUUUCAGACGCGAAGUUGAGCCUUCGAUGCUGACACCUUGUGGUCAUUCACUGAGCUAAGAUGGCGGAAAAGUUCCUCGUUUUGUUUUGUUCAGUUUACGGCCUAAUACUACUCUUUAGCGUUACGGUUAGCGGAUUAAAGCCGACGAAGGAUAUGUAAGUGAUUCAAAUUUGUUUUGUGGUCCAUAUUCUCGUUUUUCUUCUUGUCUGUGGUUUAGUAUACCUCAAAGAUCUCAACUUGCGGCAAAUUGUUUUCAAAAAUUUUGACACACCAGGGUACGUGAAUGGGCUAAUCGCCUUGGAACUAACGGGUCUAGCUUUAUGGACGGGAACGCCGGAGUAAAAAGUUUAACUCAGGUAUUAGAGAGACUCAAAUUUCAUCGUUUUGUGUCAGUGUUUGUGGUGAUCAGGGACUAUUAGUAUUAUAUUCAAGUUUGUUGAAUCUUUAGGCUUACGAAAACUUUACGUACGCGACGACAGAAAAGAUAAAUGGGAAUGAUGUCCUUAAGAAAAUGAAGAAAGAGAUGGAGGUUUUCUUCAGAAAUAAAUCGUCUUCAUUGAAGGUAUGAACUGAAAUCUUGGUGUGGUCGGUGCAGAUUUAAAAAGAGAAAAAAAGCAUUUUUGGAAAUUAUAUCCGUCGCGCAAUGUUUACAGCAGUUUCACCAGAACCAGAGAUCAGGAAAUGGAUUUGACAAGUCCAAAUAAUGACAAGUGCGUUCGUAAUUUUAAAGCGUGAUAUAUCUUUUUUCUUGGCAAAAUUCAUGCCGGGUUUAAUAACCUAUAAACCUGUGUUAGUGAUUUGGUUUUGAUCUAAUAUUUAUGAAGCAUCCAGUGAACCUUUAUUUUCUUCAGAAACCGCGCGGCCUGAUAAUUAUUCACGGCAGCUGGAAAGUUUUUCCAUAUGUUUACCACCGUGCUUUUCUUUUGUAUCUACAUGAGCAAUUUGCGAAAAAACAAUCGAUGAAUUUGUAUCCAACAAUUUUGUUUGUAAAUCCUGCCAACAGCUAUAAUUUUCCAGGAUAUUUAAAUGUACAUAUUAUUUUUUCUUUUUAAUUUUCCUUUUGCAAGCUUGACAUAGAUUAUUUGCAGCUCGACGGUGUUAUAAAAAUUUUGUUGAUUUUUCAUACAGCGAGCUUAGUAGAAACUUUUUUUGACUUCAAUAUCUUCUAUUCUUUCUUGAUCGGUGCAUCUGAAUUUCUCUCUUAGUUUUCGUUACUGAAAUUAUACUCAGUCUAGUCUAUGCUUACCCUAAGGGCAAACAUUUAAAACUCUGUCUGCUACGGAGAUGCACCGGGAUAAAUUAUUGAAUGUUCUCUGCUAUUACGCAAAUAUUUGUCGUGAUAUCGAAUUCAACUUUCAAAGAUAUAGAUCACAUAAAUUUUGAUCGACCCAAUAAAAUUUGUGACUCAACACAAAUAAGUAUAACUACUGAUAAAAAAGAAAAGAAAAUGAAUUUAAUGAUGUGAUUUCUUGUCCAUUAGCAACCGGCGCAGCAUGGAACGAUUUCUUAAAUUUACUCGAAAAAUUAUGUUUGUUCAAGCAUCUCAUUUUUCUGGAUACGAUUUCAGGUGAUAAGGAUGUUAUUAGACAAAAAAUUAUAAAUUCAUGAAAUUAUGCAUGGUGCCUGAAAAUGUAAAUUUUAAUUAUUUUUUAAAAUUUUAAGUAUUAAUAAUUUAUGAUCAUUGUGCUGAAAGGAAUUACUCUGCAAACAUGGUUAAUCCUUAGAUAGUGAAAAAGCUUAGGGUGCUUUCAUUGAAAAAAAGAAAAAGUAAAAUUUACCGGUGGAAGUUAAAAAGAUGAUUCUAGUUGGUUGAUGGCAAACCCUCAGCUGAUCACAAAUAAAAAGUUAUGAUUUGCUCAAAUAAAUAUAUGAAUGAAUGAGGGAAUGAAACAAUAAAUAGAUGAACGAAAGAAUGAUUGAAUGAUGAUUGACCAACUAAUUAUUUUUCUGAGGGAUUUUUUAGAUGGAUGACUAUCAUAGAUGACUGAAUUUCAAUGUAUAGAGCAAGUUAUUAUAAAUUACGAAUUCUUGCAAAAUUAUAAUGAUCAUAAAAUUAGAAUUUUUGUAUUUUCAUGUACUAACUAAACUCAAUUGGGAAACCUGUAGAAUUUGAAACCAUACAAAAUAACCUGAAUUUCCAUCUUAGUUGGUGGGGAGAGGGGAUCGAGUUUUUCCAAGCUUUGAUAACUCUUUCUGUUAUAGUUAUGCUAAAUUUUGAUUGUUGGAAUUACUGAAUGAUGUGAUUAAAGUUUAUUCAUUUUGGUCUAUUUGGUAGAAAUUGGUGAAAAAGGCAGAAGAAGCUUAUUGCAAAUACAAGUAUGAUAAAAAUUUGAAGGUAUGAUUUAAUGCACCAGCCAGUAUGGCUGUUCCUGAGUAGCUCCAACUUCAUGAUCUGACUGAUGAUUCUCCCUUCUUCCCUCCACACAGUUUCUGUAUGUUAGAUAGGAGAAUUAGGAGCUCCACCAAUAAAACAUCAUAUAGUGGAUAGUUUUCUAACUUCUCAUCACUAUCCAUUAGAAAAUGUACGCAAUGACUUUGUAAGGAGGGGUCAAAUGUUAAACACCCCUAGUGACUGUGUUCAAAGACUGUCUGUAUUUAUUCCUGAGUUGAUCACUUAGAAGUGUAAAAUUAAAUUAAUUUUUAAGACCCCCCCCCCAAAAAAAAAAAAACAAAACAAAACAAAACAAAACAAAAAGAGCAAUCACAAAAAACAACAGCAACAAUAAUUCUUAGACUUAACUUUCUACAUCCUAAGAUCAGUACGUAUAUUCUCCUUAAUGUUCUCCAAACAUUUCCCUUGGUAGUGAUGAGGAGAAUUUUUUGAACAAUCCUAAGCAUUUUCUGUUGGAGAUCCCCUCUCCUUUAUACUUGUGACUUUGAUGUUUGAUUUAGAAGUGAUACUGUUAUGGGAAUUUAUUUAAAUGCUAGUCACUCUUAGGGAUGGAAGGGUUAAUAAUUUUAUUUUGUGUUCAUUUUAAGAUUAGUGAAAUAGACUAUCCAAAUUCCAAGGAUUUGGAUAAAUAUUUAAACAAGAGUGGCAUUAAACUGGAGUACAACUCUACCUUUAGAAGUGAGAUCAGCUUCAACAGGAGUGUAAUACAUGUCCCAACAGAUGUUUUUGAUGGAGGUAUGUUUCACUUUGUGAGUCCUAUUGGGUUCCAGUUUCAUUUCAGUUGCAUGCAAACUCUGAGGUUCCCAACCAAACUCUCAAACAAAAUUUUUUAAUGCUGCUGUUAAUCAUUAUUGCAACAGCCACCUCAAAGCAGAAAUAUCUAAAGCAAACUAAUUUAACCCUUAAACCUUCUGAAACACUGACAUGUUUCUUGAAAGGUCUAGGACAUGAGUAAUGGAAGGUUUAAACCCAAAUACACUCUAACAUCAGUAUACAUAUUCUUGGUACUGUUUUCUAUUCAUCUCUUGAGGUGUUGACAAGGAGAAUUUGUUUAACAAUCAAGAGCCUCUUAAAUUGGUGAUCACUGCCUUUAUUCUCAUGACCUCUACUUUUAAUUCAAGGGUGGCACUGCAAGGAGAUAUUAGAAUUAGCCAAUCACUCUCAAGAUUUAAGGGUUAUUAACCCUUUAACUCCCAAGAUCUCAUUUAUAAUUCUCCUUACUGUCUGCCACAUAGUUCUUGUGAUGUUAGUUUUGAGAAUUUGAUAUUGGAUCAACCAAUAAUCCCCUAAUUAAUAUUUUUCUUUAUUCUCAUCACUUGUCUGCUUGAUAUUGUAUUGAUAUUGUAAGGAGAAAUUCUAUCUUGGUCACACAUGGGAGUUAAAGGGUUAAGUCACCCCUUGCAAGUUUGAACAUCUAUUUGAUCUGUGGAAUUUACUUUUAUGUCCACAUUUUGCAGCUUCAAAGAUUGUUAAUGGAAUAGAGUGGACAUCCGCUCUAGAAAGCGUUUUUGAAGGAAACCGACACGAAGAUCCCAGCUUAUCUUGGCAGUACUUUGGAUCAGAUGAAGGAUUUAUGCGAACUUACCCAGGUAUGAAUUUUCAUUGGAACACCAAGUUGUCAUGAUAAAAUUUUAAUGAGGCAAGAGUCGUGAUCUUGGAAUGUGAAUGCUAAGUGGUUAUAUGUAAAAAUAAAAUAUGGCUGGUGUUUGUUUGACAAUAUAUAUUUUUUAUUAUUAUUCACUCAAAGCUCGUCACUGGGACAUCACCAAUGAAAAUAAUGUGGAUUUAUUUGAUGCCAGAAAAAGGCCAUGGUAAGACUGACUUGCCUAAACACUUUGCAUGACAGCUACUUCAAAACACAACUCACAAAAAAUCAUAACCUGUUGUUGUCUAGGACAGAAAUAAAUAAUUACAGUAAAACUAGCUAUAGAUAACAAGUUUAGAGCAUUGGGUGCUAUUAAGACAAUAAACAACAAUGUGACAGAAAAAUGGAAAUAGGACAAUAAGAAUGUACAUGUACCUGGCAUUAUGGAUACAUGGACUGAAAAAGGCUAGAAGCCUGGUUGAUGUGAAGAUAAUCUGCCAUCAUUAGAGGGCUACCACUAAGGAACUCAGUGAAUGAAGUGCUGAAACAUUGUUCCAACAAGUCGUGCACAUGCAAUGUUUUGAUGGCAGCAAGAGAAAUUAAUGAUACUGAAAUCAAUUCAAAUCAAGAGGGGAAAGAAAUAUUAAUAGUUUUUUAUUUUUAUUUUUAAGUUUAUGUGGUUCAGAAAUUUUAGUGUGUGACUUGGUUAUUCUUUUUCUGAUUUUUUGAUUGAUGUCCAGUCAUUUUUAAUUAUUGCAUGACAAGUAAGUUAUUGAACACAAAGAUCUGCUUUUUUUAAAAUUUAUUUAAUAGGUACAUUCAGGGAGCAACAUCUCCCAAAAACAUCAUCAUUCUUAUUGAUGCAAGUGGAAGCAUGCAUGGAGUCCCGAUGAGAAUAGCAAAGUUAUCUGCACAGAACCUUAUUGACACCUUUGGGGAUAAUGAUUUUUUCAAUGUUGUUUAUGUGAGUGUGUUAUUAUGGGCAUAAUUGAUUGCCCUGCUUUUGGAAGUUCACAUUGGCAUUGCCAGUAAAGAAACGUGUUGUUGAUACCAUAACAAAAUUGUGUCACUAAUCUCAGUUGUGAUUGGCUAUUAUGUGUAUGCAUCUAAUCCUUUUUUGUAGUUGUUGUUUUUUUUGUGUUGUACCUAAAGACAAUAGUCCAUUUUACAGUUGUAUGCUUGGCUGCCAAGCCUUUGAACAGUAGUGAGGCUAAGGGUGACCUUGUUAUGAUACAAACAUUAUUAUGCUAACUAGAUACUGGUCUCUAUGACAACAAGGUCAACUUUAGCCUCACUGCAAAUAAAAUGCUUGGCAACUAAGUACACAUCUGUAAAAUUACCUUUUGUUAAAUAGUUUUUAGUGGCACUCGCAGAGCGUAGCCCCAUAAUUAUACAAAAUAGUAGUAACCCAUCAAGCCGAAAAAAUUUGGAUGUACGACCAUACGACUGUACGACUGUAUGACUGCACAACUAUACAAGGUGCUACUUUUAACAUGUACCAUGGGCAAGCCAAUGCCACAGCUUUGUUCAGUAGUCCAGUGGUCAGUGCACUGGGCUCUGAGUCAGAUGACCUGGGUUCUAGUCCUGGUCGGGGCAAGGCGUUGUGCCCUUGAGACGUGCAGGAAAAGAAAAGUGUGAGCUCCGCUUUUAGGCUUGGCUAAAUCUAUAUAUUAUUCACAUUAAAAUUAAUGAAACAUAAUUAUAUUUAUAAAAAAGGUGUCCAGCAAGCAUUGACAUAAAUUUUUGGUUUCUUUUCCCUAUCCUUUGCUCUGGUAGGGAAGACAAUCCUCAGCCUAAAUUCAAAUUUUCCUCAUCAGUUCAACUGUUCAAAAAUUGUUAACUUUAGGUAACUUUGAAACAUAUGAUUUUUGCAUUUAAAUUUCAACUGUAAUGUUCUUCACUUGUUUAAUUUGUUCCUUUGCUAGUUCAACGUUGAGGCGACAGUACUUUGUUGUGAAAAAGAGGGCCCCAUACUGCUUCAAGCUACAAAGAAAAAUAAAAUUGUAGGUUUAAUUUCUUAAAAAGAAGUUUGCUAUCUUAAGUUGUAUGCAAAGAAAAAUUAUGAACUUUCCAAUUGUUCUUAACAAUUUUUAUUUAGCCAGGGAAGAUUUAUGUCAUGUUAUAAGAAAAAUGAAUGUAAAACAUACCAUUUUUCACCAGAAGGCAAAUCUAUUUUGAGACUUGUAUUGAAACAAGAUCAGACUUCAAUCACAUGCAGUUCUACCACAUAGAGUUCAACAAUGCUUUAGUCUUUUUUCAUAGUAUCAUAGCAACAAAUUUUGAAAAUGACUCUGCAAUCUGUUUGUUCUGCAUGGCUCUCUUGUGGUUGUGAUUUUAUCAUAGAAAUGCAGAGCAGAGCAUUGAACACGAGACUCACAUAAAUUAAUUUAAUCUUAUGCUCUAAGCGAUUAUUCUUAUGCAUUUAAGGUUUCUGAUGAAACUGUUGAUUUUGAGAAAGCAAGCUGCAGCUGGACUAAUGAGAUUAGUUAUCAUACAAAAUUAUUUCCUAAUCACCUGGAUUUAAUUGACUCCUUGUUCCCUUUGUGCUCACUUUAAACACUUGUCCACAGUGGAAAUUUUCCUGCCACAUAUAUCUAGCUAUCUCCACAUGUUGACUACAGACUGGUAAUGUGGACUCUCUCCACACAAGCUCAGAAUAUAUAUUUUAUAUAUAUAUAUAUAUUUUUUUUUUUUUUCAGUUUGUCAAAGAAGAAUUGAAGAAAAUAGCAGAUAAGGAUGUUGCUGUGUGGGAAAAAGGCAUGGAAAAAGCUUUUGAUCUUUUGAAAAAGGUGAAUGAUACAGAAGACUUACACCUGUACAUGAUAGGUAAUAUCAUACAUUGGUAAAGCAGAGGAGGGGAUUAUGUUGGACUAAGAGAAAUAAGACAUGGUUGAAGUCUCUUGGGGGGAGUGGCCUCGGAAUCUGCUGAUUAAACUUUUUCUUGGUUUCUGUGGUUUCUGGAGCAACCAAGGCACAGUUGUUUGAACAGCAAUCAGCGGCAACCCAGGGUUAAAUUUUAAACCACACUUCUGUUUUCCUUUGUUCAAAAGCUUUUUUGAAUAAUUCUCUUUAAUUUUUUUAGAGCAUCCAAUAAUCCAAUUGGAGAUAAACAUCUGCUGACAGUGCAACCCAUGUCAAUAGUUUGCUUUACCCUUUAACUGACCAGAAGUGAUUAACAUUAAACUUCUCCCUAUAAUAUCCAUACAUAAUUCAGCAAACAGGUAAUGAGAAUAUUCAAACUUAUCAUGUAGAAGCUGCUAUUUUAAUCUUGCACCAAGUUCUCUUAACUAAUUUGCAAGGAAUGUGUAGCAGCCAGAGGGGAGAAUUAACAAUCAGAUCUUGGGAGUUAAAGGGUUAAUUGUCAGUUUUUCAUUAUAUUCUUGAUCUGGAAUUUUUUUUGGAAAAUAUAGCCAGCAUUGUAAUCAAGGAUAGCAUUACUCAUUUUUUCUGAAGCAGGAAUCUUUAAUCAUAAAUUCUGAUAUGCCAAUUGCACACUUGUAACCAGUCUAGCUUGUUACAAUAUGGACCAUUAUCUGGAAUUUUUCCACCUCAUUCAUGGAAAAACAGAACAAAAAGCAAACCAAUAGGAAAAAAGUUAUUUACUAGUCUAUUUACUAGUGCCCUUGAUCUUGAGUUUGGCCCUCAGCGGUUGACCUCAGGCACACUUUUUCCCACACUGACUGGAACCCCACUGGAAAUAAAAUGUAUGUGAUUUAUAUUUCAGGCAAACAACUUUGCAAAGUGCCAGGAGGCCAUUAUGGUUCUAAGUGAUGGCACAACAUCCAGUCUUCCUGACCUUUUUGCAGAGCUCAAUCCAGACAAAAAGGUAGAGUUGUCAAGAUUUGUUAACGGAAAGAUUGAUUUUAGUUAUAGAUUUUUUACUUGCCAUGUUCUUCCUUAUUAAGCAUAACAGGUGAACGAAUUCUUUAAAACUGGUGGAGCAAUCCUUUUAUUGGUUGAAUUUUCAAGCAUUCCAAACAUUUUUAGGCGGCAAUGUGAGGUACUGCAGGAAGUAAAUUGUACUGGUUUCUCAUUGAAAAGGAGAACGCAGUUAUCUAUACCUCACAAAUUUUUUCUAAAAUUAAGCAAGAAACUUACAGCAAAAGAAAAUUUUAGAGAUUGUUGGUCAUCUCUCUAGAACAAAAGUGUUGCUGAUCAGCAACAAAAAUAACAAAUACUACAACAAUUUUUUGCCUGUACCCUGCAUUAUCAAAUUUUGUGUAACUAAUAGCAGCAUCUAAUAAUAACGAUCCCAUAAUUCUCCGCUAAAUUUGCAACAUUGAAUAAAUAAUGUCAUUGAAAUUGCUGAACAUGUCAUAGCGGUUUAUGAUGUCGUGCAGGUUCGGGUGUUUACCUUUGCUGUUGGACCUUCUGCUGAAAGCACGGAAGCUUUGCGGAACAUGGCUUGUAACAAUAGAGGUAAAUCGAUCAGAAUUUAAUGACUGGUGGUGUGUGUGUUGAUCUAAAAACUCCAGAAUCCCCAACCCCCUUACAUUGAAACUGUUGGGACGAGGAAAGCAAAGAAUCAAAACCAGUCAUAUAUAUAUAUAUAACUUACAAAGGAUCUGUCAUUAAGAUUGUUUUUGUUUGUGAACGUCCGCUAUUCUAAAAAUGUUAGUGGUGUACCAACUUCCAUUGCCUCUUUUGGUGUCUAUAGUUUGAAGACAUCAACCAUUUUCCCUUGAAACAUUUUGUGAGUUCUUCCAGAUACAUGAAGUUAGCUGGUGCCCAUUUGUUCACCAGAGUGGAGAGACCUCGCCUUGUGAGUGUCUCUCCAGGAGACUGGAUAGGCUCGUACCCAGGUCUUUCACUUAACAGUUCAAUGUAAUCAUUAUGCUUCUGAUAACCUUAGCAUUGCCAGGUAGUUAAGGGUUUUGAACUAUACCUUUUUAUUAUUAGGUUACUUUACAAGGAUUCAGAGUGUCGGAGCUGUACGUGAAGUUAGUGAGGUAAAGUGCACUUAACCAGGUGGGCUUGUUGACAACACAGAGUACAACCUAAGAUUUAGUUUUAGACAAUCAAGAAUCCUAACAAUUAGAUUAUACUGACUUUUCCUAGAGUUACAUCCGCGUUUUGACCCGGCCGAUGGCGAUGGCUCCUGAAGCAAAUACAACUGACCAUACAGUAUGGACAAGUGUAUAUUUAGAUGCCUUGGUUAGUACUUAAAGUAACUUUGGUGAUGCGAGAAUCAGCGAUUCAUUCACUUACAUGUUUUCGCUAUUUCAACGGUUUUAUGUGAAGCAAAUAAAACAUUGUUUUGGCGCUAAUUAAGUGUUCCACCACCAGGGCCGGGUUGUUCAAAGCUAGGUUAAGAUAAUCCAGGGUUAGUGUGAAAUCUGAUUUCGGAUCUCAUAGCUUUAAAAGAAAGUUCAGUCGAAUUAUUUUUGUCUAGAAUAUGAUCAUUUGAUGAUCUGUAAAGAACACGGGAAACUAUCCCAAAAAGGCAUUUGAAUAAAUGAAUAAAGAAAUCCAGAUUAAAAUUUAACCUUGGGUUAGCACCUUCGAACAACUGGGCCCAGGAGACUAUCAAAUUUGGAUAUAUAAGCAAGAGAAUUUGUAAAAACUGUCUACAAAAUGUGAAUGAACAAAUUGAAUAAGUUAGAACGGCGAUAAGCGAAUCGAAUCUGCGGUGCAAGUUGAGUUACGUUAAGACGUGUCGUUAAGGAAGCAGAGGUGCCCUUUGUUCCUUUGUGUUACAUAAAUUGGGAUAGGCUCUCAAAAAUUAUUUGGAUAAGUUUUAAAUGCCAUCUUUGUUCCCUUUUUUUUUUUAAUAGGGACUUGGCAUGAUGGUUACAGGGACUCUACCGGUUUUCCACCGUAAAGAGAGCGCCAUUAAUUGCUCUGUAAGUUUCCGGUUUGAUUUUGUUCGCGGAAAAUCUGCACUGUCGUGUAAUUCUAAUAGUCCCCCAAACUGGACUGACUAUUCCUGUUUCGCUGAAGAGACUCGGUUACUAGGGGGUGAAAAUAAUAUCACUGAUAACAAUUUGACAAUGAUUUUUCAAUCCUUUUGGCUUCCAAAGAGCACCAGUAGUACUUCACAGAAACACCAUGGGUAGUAUCUCCCUGCUGUUUGUACAAUUAAUAGUGGUUGGAGAUGAUGAGCCUACAAUCCGCAUCAAAAUUAGUUGACACACCAUCUUUGAAGAGUCACAUUUAUGUGUAGAAUAACACUCCUGUUUUACCACACCCUAAGUCGUUACCACGACCCCCCCUCCCCCCCUUCAAUAGUUUGAAUUACGAUACAACAUUGUUUUGUUUUGGUUUUUUUUAGGGGGGGGUAGUAGGUUAACUUAACAAGAGAAAAAAAAAUAAGACUGAAGUAAAAGGGGGUUGAAAAGAUCAAUGUGUCAACAAUUUUGUCGCCGAUUUUAUUUGAUUAAAACAUAGUAGAAAUAGGUCCUAGAGUCGUUUCUUUAUUCCAACCGUAUUAUUAUUCUUAAAAUUUCAGCCUUUUAGCUGCAGUCGAUAGCUGUUACAGUGGUUCUAAAACCAAACUCAAAAUUUUCGUCUUAAAACUAAAGACCAAAUUGGAAAUCCUAUCUAACAUAGUGUCAUUAAACAUAUUUUUGAUGUGGAUCAGGAGAAAGGUGGAAUGGAAGCUGAAGAGAAGCGCGAAGAUCAUUUUCUUGGAGUUAUGGGUGCGGAUGUUCCACUAAAAUACCUCAAAGACUUUAUGUUACGACCAUUGGUUAGUAAUAUUUUCAUUUUUGAUAUCGAUUCAUGCGCUUUUAAUUUAGAGCAGUUUUCAAUUGAAUGUCCAAAAACCAAAGUAGUCCCAGCGACCAAUUAAAACAAAGUUUACAUCAUCAUUAGCCAAUGGGAACUCAAAUUGAAAACAAGCAAACUGCUUGAAGCGCGGGAAAACGCAUCAUACCUUGACUAGUUUUGUAUCUGAUUGGUUGAGAGGAUGGCUCGAGAUUUCUGGACCAAUCACAGAGCAAAGUUAAAUUAAACCAAAGCAAUCCCUGGAUUACCUCAACACUCAGUUGACAAUUGUUCUGAGGUAACAGAUUGAUUGAUCGAUGGAUUGAUCGAUCGAUCCGAUGAUUUUAGAGGUCUUUUCACAAAGCAAACAUUUCAUGCUGGCUAUUAGAGGACUCAAGAAAUGUAAAUACUGGGCGUGAAGUAAACAAAGAUUAAAGAACAUGGUGGUUGUUAGAACAAACAAAAAAUUCAGUGCCAGCACUUUUGCAAAACCAGGUGCAGUUUGAAGGAUCUUGAGGAUGCUUUCAAGGUAAAAAGAGCUGUCCUAAAAAUAGUGUAUAUGCGAAAUGUCUCAUUUAGUGUUAACACUUCCAUGUUCAAUAACCAAGUUAAUCAUUUUCUUUUUAGGUGGGGCUCAGUGGAUAUAUGUUCGCGGUCAACAACAAUGGAAUGAUUAUUUUUCAUCCAAGAUUGAAAACAGUGGUAAGCACGACUCAUAUAGAAUUACAUUGUGUUUGCUUUACCUAGCGCUGUAAUUGGUUCAGGAAACUCGCGCCACAAAACCAAUUGUAUUUAUUUGAAAUCUCAUCGGCUCCAUGUGAUUUUGAUCUUCGUUCUGAUUGGCUGGUUUGAAUAUGUUUGUUUUCUUUACAAGUCAGCCAAUCGAGAUGCUUUCUAACUUUGCAUUGUAUUGCAUCCUCGUUGCUUUGUUUUGCAGUAUGGCUACUUACAAGACCCGCCAGGGGUCGAUCUUGUAGACGUGGAAACAUCUGUGACGGGGAUGGAAGUCCAAGAGGUACGGUAUAAGAAAAAGGCCAUUUUAAGCGAUAAAAUUUCAUUCCUCAUAUUUCAAUGUCGAAAACAUACACGUGUUUCUUGCGGAAGAUUAUCAUGGUUUGCUGUGUCGAGUGUAGGACAUAAGGAAGAGGGAGUGUCUCUGAGAAAAAUCCAAUCCUCCACGCAAGUUCGGGUUUUUUCGAACGUGAGAUAAGAGAUGACGUUAAGGACGUGAGGACUGGCUCGAGUAUAUCAUGUCGAAGCUAAUUUCUAAAUUUAGCGACAGAAAUAAGUAAUGAAACAACAGUAGACGGAUUUUCAUUUGUGGUUUUUAUUCUUUCGUUAACUUUUACUGCUUUCGAUAGUGUUCCUAUCGAAAAUGUCCUAUUAGUGCAGUAUGACUUUGUAAAAACAGCUUCUGAGAUUAAAAAAAGGCAGGAUUUGUCCUUUUACGAUUUUUUUACCUCGAAAGGUAACCAGUGUGCCUCGAUUUCGUGUACUCGACCUAGUUUUCUUGGCUCACAUCCAAAAACGUUAAACUUGGUUAGUGACACCUGUAUUACCGGUCAGAUUUUCUGCUUUUUGGUAACACCGAGGGGACAUAUUGUGAGACUUGCCACUUAUUAGAUGCAUAUAUUUAAAUUUCGCAUCAAAACCAAACAUUAUUUGAACGUUUUCUUUUGCAGCUCAGAAAAGCCAUGAUCGACAAGGUUCCCAUUACUGCCGAUGGUCCGAGUCGUAAUGGAUCUAGUCAUAAGGAAUUUGAAGUCUACGACUUGUCUUUCGAUGAGGUUUGUAGAAUGCAAAAUCAAAAAUAAUUUUUGUAUCAAUCCAUUUGUCCGUUUAAUUUUUGGAUGAGUGUACGCUCCAAUUAUUCGAAGAUUUCGUCAAAUCUUGUAGUAGUGAACACGAGUGAGGUGAUUAUAACAGCAAAACUCUACUUUGCCAAUGGCUACCAUGGUAUUUUUGAUGUUCCUUUGAAGGAUGGGCAUGGGAAAUAACUUAUCUAUACAUUUUUAUUCUAAGAAAAUUCUCCUCUUCAGGUUCAGCGAAUAAUGUCGACUCAAGUUAAUAUCUGGAAUUAUUUUACGAUAUUUGCGUCUCCUUUAGAGUAGAAUUGUUGCUUUUAUGUAACUUGUGCACGCUCCUUUCAACCGUUAAACCACAAAUAUUCUUAACUAUUCUAAUGGUAGUACUGCUUGACUAAUCUGAUAUUUUUUGUAAAUCUCUGACGUUCUAGUUGCGAAUGACGAAGCGAACAAUGAAAUAUUACUUCGGCGGCCUGGAAGGAACGUCGUUCAGGUAUGUUUAGUGUCUACAAUUUUCCUAAUGCAUCAACUGACUGAGGAAUUUUGCCCUGCACUAUCUUGACAGCUAUCCCACGAGCGCGCGUUAGUUCUAACUAUAUCGUUAUCCCGGCAACUAAACAAGCGCGAGGGGAUCCUUAUUGCAUUACAAAAAUACGAAAAGAAAUGUUUCAAAUCCACUUCAAACAUUUCCAAAAUAUGAGCUCUUAUACCAUGGCCUGUAAACCAAUCAGAACUCACAAACUGCAUUAUACCUCGACUAGUUUUUAAUAAUGUUGAGUCUGCACCGUCACCAUUCUAUAUCCUUGACAACUUUAUGAAGAAAUGAUUAGAGUGGAGCGUGCAACCAUCGAGUUAUGAAUGCACUCAGGAGGUUGCUAAGCAUUCAAGAAGCUAAAGUCGCACUCGGCUAAACACAGAGUAGGAAGGUGUAAACUAGCACAAAGAGGGUCAAGUUUAGAGCAACAAUGUAUGUAAGUCUCUACCCCAGAAACUGCGAACUUUCCGUAGAAAUUGCGAAAAACUACGUCCCACUUAGAUUCUCAAUGAUUAGAAUGGCAAGUUAUCCAUCGAAGUGCGCAUGUGCAAUCAUGCGACCGCCGAGUUACUCGGCUAUCGCCCUCAUGGACUUACUGAGUGCUUAGCAAACCUCCUGCGUACAUCAAUAACUGCGAAAUUGCACGCUGCACAUUUCUUUCAUAACAAUGAGACUCUCAAAUAUCUUUCGUUCUGUGUGGGGGAAAAAAAAAGCAAAACAAACUGACGUCAGCAUGCAGCCCAAGGGCAUGUGGAUCGAGCGUUUUAGCCAAUCAGAGCGUGCGCUUUUGUAAAGCUAAGUUAUAAUUUAUUAUGUUUCUUUUGCAAAGUCUUGGAAUAGCAACUCCUAAGCUGGGAUACAAGUACAAUUUACCUGAAUACACAGAGACUGAAGUAAUUGGUGAGAAAUAUUACCUCCUUCAUUAUUAGAAACUUUCCUAAAUUUUAUUAAGUGUUUAAUGUCCCAGGGAUUAAAACAUGAUGCUUUAUAUGACAUCGUUUACGUAGACCGCCAACAUUUUCCCGAUGACUUGGGAUGAGCAGGUCAGGACUGGUUUUAGUUUUGCAGCAUACUGGUUGAGAGAGUGGCGCGAGUUUUCUGAACCAAUCACUGAGCGAAGGAAAGCAAAACCAAUUCAGUCAAGGAUUACUCUCGACAAUGAAUUGGAAAUUGCUAUUUUAGUCUAAACAUCAGAUUGUUUUCUUUAACCCUUCAACUCCCAGAUCAAAUUUGUAACUCUCCUUACUGUCAACCAUACAAUUCUGAUAAUGUUAGUUUAGAGAAUUUAGUAUUGGAUCAACUUAUUAUCCCUAAAGUGAUAUUUUUCUUUAUUCUCAUCACUUAUCUGGUUGAUAUUGCAUUGAUGUUGUAAGGAGAAAUUCUGUCUUAGUCACUCAUGGGAGUUAAAGGGUUAAUGUGAGUUUCCGUACCCUUGAGGGCUAUUCUCAUUCAGAUUUUAUCAUGCCAUGCAGGUCAGAGGGUCGAAGCCGAAUGCAAAGAACUGGGCAGCCCUCUAGGCUGGGGUUGCCCUGACAAUGUGCUUAACUAACGAAGUGUGAGUAGUAAAACCAUUUGCAAGUAAUUUUCUCUACUUCUUUAUAGAUAAACUCCACAGCGAGUUGAAGGAAACGAAUAAGGACAUUCAAAUUGAAAGGUGGUAAGUGGCGGAGUUUACAGGAAAGCAAUCUCGUGUAACUUCCAAAUCUUGUAAAAAAUUUUAUCCAACCAUGCACGUCUCUCUUGUGUUUGUCUUCGCUUCCUUCGAGUUAUUUGGAAGGUUUACGUUGUUUGUCAUGAUAAUUUAAUAGCUCCUUUUGAAAGUUCAGUCGAGGAGUGUUACAAAUUAACUCUUUUGAUACCGAGUAAAAUCGAAUUUUCGCUGUUUUCGUGAAAUUUAUAGUGAAAUUGUUUUCUGUUUCUGAGCGUCAUUGUUUUUAUCAGAGAGACUAGAUGUUUACUCGAAGGCUUCUCGGCCUUUGUUCGAUGAUCCGGAAAGAAUGUCCAUUACUCCUGAAUCGGAGAGUUUUUGCAAUUUUUCCAAUGGAUUUCUCCGAAGAUUUGUUUUUCGACGGAAAGUAGGCGAAACCAAAGGAUGCCUUGACGUAAAUGUUGCUGCUUGCGUUUGUAGAGAACGGGCUACUAAUUUAUGCAAGGUGCGUGGCUCUGAAUCGAUAUAAUAAGUUUACUUGUCUGUUUUGCAGGCCAUAUUGCAGGAAUGUUGUACUUGCUGAAAAAACGCCACUUGACCAAUUGAUCGAUGAAACCGAAAGUAGAGACACUAAACUAUGUACGUAAACGUUGGUAGGACAGAUUUCUGCUUUCCCUCAGUCGAUAAGUUUACUUUGAAUGGUUGCAAACGAGGGUUUAACCGAGAGAAUGCUGGGUUUGAGCAUUGGCGGGGAUCAUAGUGAUGGUUUUAUUGAGCAGGAACCAUUGCUCCCUCAGUGCCUCCCCCCUCCCCCCUCCCUCUGUCAAUGCUGCGUUGAUACAUUUUCUGUUACAAUUUAUGACUUUAGGUAACAAUUCAGAAUUACUAGCUGGUCUGCUGGUGGACUUGAACGUCACAGCUCGUUUACCAUCCGUUUGGAAGAGCAAAGCACGGUAAGCUGAGAAAGGAGAAAGAGUGACUCUGAAGUUUUAUCACUGUGAUAGCCUUCAACGAAUUGUCAGUACCCUCCAUCUUUUCGUAGUCGUUUUCUUGACAACAACAACGACCGUUUGUCGCACGUCUGUCCAGGCCUGAAGUAACACAGUGGUCAAACGUGGGGUAUGCACGAGGGGAUCAAUUUUUAGCGCAGGGGCGCCAAUUUCCUACGUAUAAUUUCAAAGGAAAUUUCAUAAGAAGCAGCUGCUCUCUCGCUAAAGCUUAUCCUGUUGAUUUACUUCACUGUUUUGAGCUAAAAAGUAUAUACUUUUACACGGAAAGCACUGUGACUUUCUGGCUUGUGUGGUUGUUUGUAACUCGUUUGAGACAACUUGGGUCUGACACCCUCAAAGCACGCCAUCCAGUCAUUGCAACCUGUGCACAUGCGUAAGACGUUUGACUGCUGUGGUUCCUGAAAUAGGUUGUUGGGGACUGAGGCUGACUUUCACUGAUAACUUUUUAUGUCGAUUACAACUUGCUGAGUGAUCAUUGGGAAUUUGUUCCGUACUGUAUCAAAUGAAACAAACGAAAUGCUGUGACAGAGUCGAUUCCUCAAAGAAUCUUCAGUGUCACAAUGUAAUGAAACCUUUCUGAGUUACCUAAAAAGGGGCAAAAAGACAAAUAAGAUUUGUUUUCUAAAUUUACGCUGUUUGUGUCUGUUAUAGGCCAGGUGUUAAUGACGUGUUUGUACGGACCUACUGGGGUUUACAUCGAAGUUACAGGUUGGUGAAACUGAGUUUGUUGCGCCUUUAACUUGUUUUAAGUUUCAAAGAACGUUCUAAGGAAAACUUGCUAAUUUAACCCUUUACAUCUUAAUAUUAGUGCUUAUAAUCUCCACACUGUUCUCUUUACAUUUCCCAUGGCUCUGACAAGGAGAAAUUGACUGGCAAUCAGGUGCUUUUGAAAUUGGUGAUCAUUUCCUUUAAUCUCAUGACCUUCAGUAAUACCUAAUACCUUCAGUUUAGUAAUAUUUGAUUCAAGGUGACACCGUAUGGAGAGAUUAGAAGCCAAUCACUCGUAGGGGUUACAGAGUCAAAGAAGUAUUGAUGGAACUAAUGCAUGGGUGUGCAAGGAACAACGGAUUUGUUUUGGGAAACUUUUCUACUAGGUUGACAUUAUUUAUCUGUUUAAUUAAAUUUUUUUAGUGGAUCGAAGGACAAGCGUAACUCUAGUUCAGAAGACGACAUCUUUAGAAGAGUUUUUGGAUCCCAAAUUCCUCGUGCCUCCAUCAUUUAUACCACAAAAUACCUUGCAGGUAUUUGACGCAUAUCGUGCUGACAUCUCCUGUUUCAUGUUAUGUAUUUAGUUGAAGGAGCUGCGAGAACACUCCGGUCGUUGUAAAGCCACUAAAAAGUUGGGUUUUUGAGUCCUAUUAGUUGAAACCGAAAAAGCUAUUUCGAGCGUAAAACAAAGUUGGCCAUCGUUUAAACACUUUGUACUUAUUGACUGAGUAAUGUGGUUCUGCACUGUAAUGUGUAUCUCUCGGUCAUGAAGUACCAUUUAUCGUGACCGGGAGCUAGAUAUUUUCUCGUGCGUCCCGACCUUACUCAGUCUAUAAACAUUUUACCAUAUGACUGUUUCCCUCUGUCUGCCUGUACCACGUAUAAAUUUGUAACUGAAACAACGCCUGACCGCUGCCAAAUGUUGAGGCUCACGUGAACGUAAGGGAGCAACGUAGCGGCUUAAAUUUUCAGGGUUGUCACUUAGAAUCGGUAUUAAUCGUCGCCAUCGUAAACCGUUCUCGCUCACGUUUUGGUUCAGUAGUUUGUCCUUGCUGUUUUUCUACCAUGGCAAACCAUUUUACAAAAUUCCUUGAAUUUUCACCGAUACAAACGAAAAAACCCAAGAGACUGUAACGUAGCUCUUUUAGAAAGAUUAUCUUUACGUACAUAGCCACUCUUGGGCUCUCCUCUGUGUACCUCACGGAACUCAUUAAUUUACAAACUUUAUCUAGAUAUAAUCUCAGAUCAUCCAACAAACUCUCACUGCAGCCACAUAGGGUAAAGACUAAGCGCACGCUCGACGACUGCAGUUUUAUCGCGGCGGCGCCAGCGCUUUGGGACAACUACCGUCUGAAAUUUCGUAGCGCAAAUAACGUGCACAUUUUUAAGAGAGCGUUAAAAACGCAUCUAUUUCGUUUUGCUUUUGACAUUUAGUAUAUACAUUAAGUGUGAAUAGUAGUUUGGAUUUUGUCCAUUAAAAAAAGUAAGAAACUGCCAAAUUCAUGUAUACCUGAUUGUAAAUAAUAGGAAUAUUUAUAGAUAUGCCAUUUUGUAACUUGAGUUUAUUAGAUUUUAUUUGGAAAAUAUUAUAAAGCGCUAGAGAGCAUCUACCUACGGAAUUCUAGUACUAUGUAAGCAUUCCAUUGUUAUUAUUAUUAUUAUUAUUUUUAUUGGCAUGAAAACAACCAAAUUUCAAUCGUCACAUCACACAGUGAUUAAAUUAUAAUUCCUUAUCAUCUCAGGAGAAAUAUUUCAAGGCACAUUAAUCAGUGUGUUUUUUUUCUUUUUUUGCUAUCUUGCAGCAAAGUCUGAUGAGAACAUUACUUCUGUGUUUGCUUAUAAAAGAAUAUAUCGCAACCAAUUCCCUGCUGCUAGUAAGUGAUCUUCAUUAACAUUCUCAGGACGGGCACUUCAGUUCUAACUUGUUUAAUUUUUUUGCUUUUGAUUCCCCUGAGGGGCGGGAGUAUCGUGCCAGCCCGAACAACGCCACCCGACUGAAAACAAAUAUUUUCAACACAGAGAGAACUGUUUUGCGUGUCCGUGUCCAGUUCUUCCUAUAAAAUAUGAUCCGACCACCCUUUCAACGUUGUGAGUAUCUCCUUGCUGCAAAAUUGUACGCAUUUUCAAGGCACUUAUAUGCCUGACUUUGGAAUUUUUUUAAUUACUUGGAGUGAACAUCCCUUCUGACGCAGAUAAGCCGCAGAAGUGCGCUUUUAUUUCAUUCGAUCAUGAUCCUGUAUUCACUAUUUGUCCCAUAUGGUACAGUUCCUCCUCAUUUCAAUUCGAAUAAUUUAUGAAUUCCUUUUUAUUUCCGCAGUUCUUGGUUAUGAGAUGGAUAUGAAGGCCUUUGUCGAUACACAUAUUGUGAAAAACACAGAGGUAACAGUAUCAAACCUGAUAGUUUCCUCUAGUCCUUUAAAGUCUCAUUUACAAAAUCAUCCACCAUUUUUUAUAAUUAUUAUUGAACGGUUAACCGUUUCAUCAGGCGAGUGGCGCAUGUAAGCCUUUUGUAGGGUAUAGCACAAGAUGAUGCACCCCAGAUGUCACUCAUCUUAAUAACUGUAUAACCAUCUAUCUUGCGCGGGGGUCAGAAAUUACUCUAAAGAGAGGUGAGGUUUCUUCUCAGCAAGAGACAACAAACGAUUACUCGUUGAAAAGAGACCUAUUUUUAGCGAUGUGACCAGCAAGGGCGCAUCCUGGAAUUUUGAUCGGAGGGAUCCAAACUUGGAUUCAGAAACCACCGAACGUUUUCGACAACAUAGUCCAAAUAGUUCAUGAGUAUUUUGAGACAAAUAAAUUUUGAAUACGUCAUAUGAAGUAGAAAAUUGCAAUGCUCACGUUGCAAGAACUUUGGUGUUAGACGUAGUUAAGAAAAAAAGAAAAAAAAAACAGGUCUGAUGUGGGAGGGGAGGGAGGAGGAGACGCUCCCCUGAAUCCGCGACUGAACAAGAGGACCCCUCUAAAUGAAAUGAAUACUAUGUUUAUUCUCGUUAGCUGUUUGCUCGAUAUUGCCUUUGUAGAAUAAUGAGAAGUUUGAGGCUAAUCACUUUAGAGAAUUCAAGGGUUACUUCAGAAAUCAAUCCGUACAUGUUGUUUGUAUUAUCAGUGUCAAUCAGAAGGAUCAGCGUGUGAUAUCAGCUGUGACAGGACUGGAAAGAACGAUGUAAGCUAAAGCAUAGUUAACCCUUUACACCCUCAUAUUAGGAUGCAUAUUUUCCAUAUUGUUCUCUGUACAUGUUAUUAUCUAUUGCCCCUUUGUAACUUUUGCUCUAUUUUUUAUAACGAAGCUCGCAGAGCGUAGCCCCAUAAUUAUACAAAAUAGUAGUAACCUAUCAAGCCGAAAAAAUUUGGAUGUACGACCGUACAACCGUACAAGAUGCUACUUUUAACAUGCGUGGUUAACUGUACCGCGGGCACGCCAACGCCACGGCUUUGUCCAGUAGUCCAGUGGUCAGUGCACUGGGCUCCGAGUCGGACGACCCGGGUUCUAGUCCUGGCCGGGUCAAGGCGUUGAGACGCGCGGGAGGAAAAAAUGCGAGCUCCGCAUUUAGGCUUGGCUAAAUCUAUGUAUUAUACUACGCUAUCCCUGACACCCCUGAUAUGGCCUUUUUCUGUUUUCCUUUCUUCAAAAAUGCGAUGUGUUUUUUUUUUAUUAAGCUUAAUGUUAAUUCAUAACUUGCCUCCAUUUUUGUUUUUCCUCCUCUCCUCUUUCCUUGGUUUUUUUCUUAGCCUGUAAGUAAUGUUAUAUAUUUUUUUUAUUCAUAUUGUAAAACAAAAAAGCUAUAAUAAUAUUAAUAUUGAUAAUAGUGAGACAGUGAAACAGGUUAGCCACGUAAUAGCGUAGCAUUGUGAAUGAUGUCAUAGCUGUUAGUAACGUCUGCUUCCCAAGGAAAAUAGUAUUGCAACAAAAUAUAAAAAAGUAUUGUUGUGAGUAGUCGUAGCAUUGAAACUAUUGUUUUCAGUUUUUUUUAAUUUAGCAAUUUUAAUGUUGUAAGUAAUGCUGUAAGUAAUUUUGUUUCUUUUUUUGUAUGAUUGAAAAAAUAAAAAAUAAAUUAAGGACAUUUAAAUACUUAUUAUGGUAGGUUGUUUCCCAUCCAGCCAUAAAGUAACUAUUUUAUUUAUUUUUAACUAGUACGAAGGCCUCUACUGUUACCUUGUGGAUGAAAAUGGCUUUGUUGUGGCAGGAAAUGAUGAGAAUGUAAGUCAUACCUACCAGCAAGGUAGUAAGUUGAUUCAAUGAUUUAAUUACACGAUUUGAUUGCCCGUCCUGAGAAGCGCUGCAGUUAGGUAACGUUGCUAUUAUGCAAGGAUCAACGCCAUCAGAGUUUCUUUGAAAUCUUUCGUUUUUCGUCACACGAUUUUGCACUGCCAAAGCUUGUUCGAUCUCUUUCCGCUGUUAUUUCAAUAAAUGGUCUUUGUGUUAACAUCCUUUCCAUGGUUUUGUUUUCUAUAGUCAGCUGGGAAGUUCUUUGGUCGAGUCGAUGCGCCCGUGAUGAGGCAGUUAAUUCGUUCUGAUGAAGAGAACGGUUCUGGAAUUUAUAACAAGUGAGUUAUCUUUUAUUUCAUAAAAAUAUAGUAGUUUUCAUUGAGUGUCAAAAAACUAAAGUAAUCCCAGUGACCAAUCAGAACAAAGAAUUACAUUAUCAUUAGCCAAUGAGAACUCAAAGUGAAAACAAGUAAAUUGCUUGAAGGGCGGGAAAACGCCGCGAUUGUUUUUACUUUUGCAUUUGAUUGGUUGAGAGGCUGGUGCGAGGUUUCUGGACCAAUCACAGAGCUAGGUUGAGUAAAACCAAAGCAAGCUCGAAUUAUUUUUGACGCCUUCUUGAAAAUUACUCUAUUCGCUUUGGAGAGUUACUUUGUUACUUUUUGUUAUUGCCUAAUAAUUUUGCGUUGUCGGUGUCCAUUAUGCUUCACGUGCGUAGCGGCAGCUGUGCUUGGCGUAGUUGUGUACUUUCCCGCGAUUGAGGUCUGUGAUUGGCAUUAGUUACGAGUUUUUCACUUUUGGCACGAGGUUAUGUAUAUGUACUUGGCCUGGGCUUCAAAUUUUCCCGCGCUUGGAGUCGAUGAGAGAUUUUCCCGCGCUCGUUUGAUAACAAUAUUUUCGCUGGCUAGUCACUGAUCUCAUUAGGGCUCGGUUAUCACGUGAAGGAACUCUUACGUCUCGUAGGUUUAUGACCAAAGCUAAACUUUACCGUCAUUGCUUCAUAUAGUAGCGAUAGUUUUAGUCAUUGAGUCACGCAGCCGAACUCUGCCAUGUCGCGUAUGUUGCAUUUUUAUAUUGCUGUUAUUUUGUUGUUAUAACGAUGAGAGUCACAAUGUGUCACAAAUUUCCCACUAAUGAAUCUCUGUUCAAAUAGGGUUGUACUGACGGACUUCCAAGCAGUUUGUCAAGUAAAAGGCGGAGUGAACAGCGGAGGAGUCUCAUUUCUCCUCAAGGUGGGCUCAGUAAUAUUAUUUUGAUCAAGUUCCCUAGGAAAUCAUUUUAUGUGUAUUUGAUUCAGGGCUGCAACAAAAAUAGACAAAAUGUAUGAUUGAAAACAAGCUAUGUGCGUAACUCGUAACGUUACAAGUGUAACGAUCGUAGGUUAUGGUUCUCCUUUCAAUUUACUUUAGUACGUGGAAACCUUAUAACUUGAGCAUACUUGUGAAGUAUUAUUAUUGUCACAUUAUAGCCGUUUUUUUCACUCUCUGCUUACGCUGAAUGGUGGACGACCAAAGCUGUGUGGUAUGUCUCUUUUAACUUCAAGUCCUAGUUGAUGACGUGCCAAAGUUAUUACAUAUUUUCACGCUGUGAACUCAGCAGACUUCCUACGUUAUAUGAUAAAUUUUUCCCAGUGUUAACACACCUUUUUUUCUUGUUGCAUUUCUCUACCGCCUACAAUUUGUCUUGUAAAGCUUAUAAAGCACAAUGAAAGGAUGACAAAAGCAACAUGAUGCAAACUUAUCCUGUUGUGCUGCAAUUUUGCAACUUUAAUGUGUUGAAACCUAUCCAAAAAAAAACAAGCUCUACCAAUUUUUGAUUGAGUAUUGUCAGUAAUCCAAGAUUGCCUUUGUACCCCUUACUCCGCACUGUGAUUGGCCUAGAAAAAUUACGCCAUCCUUUCAACCAGUCAGAUGCAAAACGAAAGCCAAUCGCUAAUUAGUCACACAUUUUCCUGCCAUUCGGGGUGAUUUUAUAUGUUUUUACUUUCUUCUUAUAAUACCUUUUUUUGAUGGAUUUUUGUGAUUACUUUGGUUAUGGUUUUACGACAAUCAAGCCAAAUGGGCUCUACAUUGGAGUUCAACAUCGUUUCCAACACUUUUUUACAUAGCUCUCUCAUUUUCCUUAUAUUCUUUUCUAGGUCGUUGCUUUAUUUCAAUUUGUACAGGUUAGUUCGACUUGUUUCUUCUUUCAAAACAGAACUUAGUGAUAUAUUGUAUACUGUCAGUUCUCUUUUGUUCUGUUCAUAUUUAUGCUCUACACGGCAUUACAGGGGAUUUAGAUAACUUUUUUUAUAGGCGGCCGCCAAUAGUGUAAUAGGGGCUUGUGCCUGGAAAAAGGGAUGUAAGGCGAACCUCAAAGACUGGAGGCUGCACGCAGGUUUAACAGACAGCGGUGGAAGGUGGUAGGGGUGGGGAAAGACCGCUGGCCACUUGCUUUUAUUGAAACCCCUGGUCCCGGUUGUUCGAAGGUCGGAUAACGUUAUCCACAGGAUAAAUCUCUAUCAGGUGGAAAAUGCUAUACUUUUUGCCAUCACUUAUCCGCUAGAUAACCAUUUAUCCGUUGGGUAGCGUUAUCCGCCCUUUGAAAAACCGGGCCCAGCAUUAUAAAACACCGCUAAUGUAUGCAUAUAAAACAGAAAAAUAGAGAACGGCUUUUAAAAGGCGGAGAAUGAGGUUUUUUUUGUGACUUUUAUUUUUAUAGUUGGAUUUUUGCUGAGAGUGGUGCAACAACUGGUGAGAACGUUAUUCGUUUUGUUAGUGAAAAUUAUCUUCGUGUUAAUCCAGACAGGUAAAGGAUUAACUUGAGUGACGAGGAAAUCCCUCAUAGUUUCCGGCUCUUGGGGUUGCAUGCAUGUUUUCUUUCUUCUGUUACCGAUUGUAUGUUUCCCCCUUUUGGUGUCGAAUAAAUUUUUCCUGCACUUUGUGUAGACUGCAUGUUUUCCCACCCUUGUUACCGAUUGCAUGUUUUUCCACUUUUGGAGCCGCGUACAUGUUUUCUGGCUCCAUAUUGGUGGUGUUUGCAUGUUUUCCUACUCUUGGGUUAUACACCAACUCCAUUCUUUAACUGUUCUCUUUUCGUAAUUUACAGAGGCUACCGACGACAUUCCAAAGAAUAUAAGCUGCAUCCGAAAUAUAACAACCUAUUAUGCCGAUCAGAGAAAUGUAACACUAAACGGUUAGUAAGUUUUGGUAUCGAUUAAAUGUGUUGGGUUGAUUAAUGACCAGUUUCGGAUCUUCCCCAAAUUUCGUAUCUGCAACGUGUGUUCUGUUUUCUGGAGCUAAAAUGUGAGCCUACACCCGACUCCCAACCGGGGGAAUGGGGAGAAGCCUGCAGAACAAGCCUAAAUUGUUUGUUGUUGUUGCUCUCCCAAAGUCAUUUCUGUGCAUUUUCAUGCUUUAGUCUAACUUUAUUCUGCAGGUGUGACAAGCUGCGGAGACUGCUCAAGGUAGGGUUUGAAAACAACUAGGCUGAAUGUAGCUGAUAUCUUCCACGUCUGUCUGGUGUUAUAUGAUCUAUCUUAUCUAAACUUCAGGCGUCUUAUUAGGCGGAAUUAAGGUUACAAGCUCACGAUCGUUUAUUCGACUGGCCAUGUUUGACUUAGAGUUAGAGUGGACGGAAGGAGUAGGGGGCGGGGAAAGGCCCCAUCCCCCCUCUCUGCCCUUCUUUUUGACCGUCACUCACCCCCUUGGAACAAAUUUCUUUCUCUUCCCAGCCUGAGUUGGCAAGUAAUUGUUUUCUAAGUCUAGUAGAAGAAUACUUUAAAAUCGAAGCGAGAACCAAAUUUGCAUAAGCAAGACAAGGAAGGGCUUUUGUUUGACCACUCCCAAUCAUUUCAUAAUUUGAGGAGCCUUUCGGUUUACUCUGAAAUCCUCUGGGCCUCACGCUUCAUUGUAGAGACUAGCGUUUGUGUUGUAGUGAUAAAAAUCUCACAGAGUUCUUGAACUACUCAAGUUAGUACUUUUUCAAGAUUUCUCUCACCAAAAAUUCCAAGAUGACGCAGUCUCCGCAAUUAAGCGUGAUGGCCAAAUGACUUAUCCCAAGAAGUGUAAUGUUUGUUUAAAGCUUGUGGUUGCUUUCUUUUGUUGCAGGGAACAUUUUGUGGCCAGCGUGCGUGAUAGUAACUUAUACCUCAUGGUGAUAAAUGCUACGUGUGGAAAGUGCGAUGAAAUUGAUAGGGAAAUGGGUGUUCCCGGAGAACCUCGAGAAAAUAUCCUUUGAUAGAUAAUUUAGAAUUAAUGGAGAUGUUAAAUACUAACUUCUUACUAGGCCUCCCAAUCAGUCAAUAAGCAUUUUAUCAUAUGACCACAAAGUGCUGAAAACUUCGCAAAUUGUGUUUCAACUUAAAUAGGACGUGAUUGAAGGGCGCACGCAGGACAAUCGCAAAGAAGUUUCUACAAAUAAAACUCUUCCUUCGCUUUUCCGGGUCAGAACAAGAAACUCAAAAUUUAUCGAAAAACGCGACUUGUUUUCCUUUUCCUUGUUUUCCCUAAGUUUUUUGAAAAAAAAAAGCCCUGGACGCCUUUUUCCUGAUCGGCGCACGUCAGCUUUCACUAUAGUUUUCUAUGGGAUUGCGAGAGCGGGGCCUCAUGGAUCAUAUGAUAAAUAUUUAUUUAACGAGGGUGAACCCCAGCAGGAGCUAUGACGUACCAAGAGGGACUCAAACCCCUUUCGGACGACGGAACCCCAACCUGGGUUUUCUAUCGACCCAUGAACAUUUACAUGUGAGACACGAGUGUGACUCUUUGCGAGAGUACAGUUGGGGUCAUUUCUUAUCUUUUUGUGUCUCCUUAACGACAUUACUUCCUCGUGAUACCGUGGAAAAUUCCUGUAAGGAGCCGGGCUACAGGAAAAGACCUAAGAGAUGUUUUGUAUCCACAAAUCCUGUAUGUAUGCCCUUGUUCAUGACGCUGCGAUGUCAAUUACUAUUACAUUUUUGUUGUUGUUGUUGUUGUUUUUUUUGGCAAAUCUCUAUUGGUGCUCGAAAACGCACAUUUUCGGUACCUUAUUUUAGCCUGUUUACAUGUGUUGCCAUUUCAUUCUGGAAGCCUCUUGAAUUCUAUUCCUUGUACACUGUCAAUGAUCUCAAUCCUAACAAAAACCAAACAUUCUUCGAGGCCUUAAUUUGCUUUAAUUUCCCAACUUAGUUUGAAAAUACAAGUUUUAUUUUUCUCCUCAUGCAAGUAACCGCAAAAUAUACUUACCAAUCCUCUUUAAUAAUUGAUUCUAACAGUUUUGAGCUAGAAAUUAUUUACAGCUUACAGUAACACGGGAGACAGGGCCUCCAGUAAAUUGCUGUAGAACAGUUUUCGAUGGAGUGUGUAAUCCGAGAUUAAUUUGAUUUUGCUAUAAUUCGCUGUGUGAUUUGUCCAUAAAACUCAGGCCAAUUUCUCGACCCGUUGCACUCAAGACUUAGACCAAUCGCGACAUCGUCACCCCUUCAAGCAGUAUUUUUAUAUUUUUUUCGCCGAGUCCACAUUCGCUUCACUUAAUAUCUUUCUUUCUCCUGAUUGUCUUUUUUGAUUACUCGAAAAAUACACCAUUUCUCAUGGUUAUCAAUCAGCUUAAAGAGGUUUUCAAUUGAGUCGAAAAACAAAACCAAAGUUAUCACAUCUACCAAUCAGAAUAAAGCUUGGCAUCACCAUUAACCAAUGAGAACUCGGGAGGCAAGGAAACCUGCUCGAGGCGCGGGAAAACGCGAGUGGCAAGUUUGGGGUUAGUUCUAGCUUGGCAUUUAAUUUGUUGACAUGGUGGCGCGAGUUUUCUCGACCAAUCACAGAGCGAAGUAAAGCAAACCAAAGCAAUCCAGGGCUAUCUAAGAUAAUCGAUUGACAACUACUCGAACUGCUUGGUAAGAAUUCUAAUAAUUAUGUCUCUGUUUACAGGAGUCCGGCUAUGCGUGUGGUUCCGGUUCGUUCAUAAAGCCUUCUCCUUAUAUCGUAUCUUUGCAACUGUUUUGGCUUUUUGCAGCUCUGCGGAGAAUAGUGGGGUUCGUGUGAUAAAUACUUAUCUCUGAGGAGAGAGUUAUAAGUACAUGAGGACAAGCUCGUGCCUCCAAGGUGUCAAGAUGAGAUUUUAAAAUAGUCGACGUUUACUGUGCGUCUUGGUCUUAUGCCGGGUUCAUAAGAAUCAUUCAUUUAAUAGGUUGUUUUUAAGCCUGCUUCACAGCAAGUUUGAAUCGAACAUCAAUGGUAUGCAGGAACAUGCUUUGGUUUUAGUACUCUCUUCAGACACCCACCGAUUAGGAACCACAUCAAAGCGCAGUUGGAACUUCCUACGUUUGUUCAGCUGUUUCACCUUCUUAAUUGCGUACCUUGGUGCUGUGAUUUUUCUAUCAAUGAUGCUGACGACGCCCCUUCACAAUUUCCCUUUGUUGAAGGAGUCGCAAUAUUAAGAGAGGUUGUAUCUAAACUUCCCUCUCGUAUUUAUAACGCGCAAGAAAAAUUUAACUGUUUUAACACAUGUAUUAUAUUAAUACUACACUUGAUAAUUUAUUUCAAAGCCGUACAGCCAAGUAAAGUUUUAUUUCAGCAACCAUUUUCAUCAAUCGCACGAUUUAUGUAAACCUGCAUGUGGAUUGAUCAAAUUGUUGACUUUUUAAGAAGUUUUAAAAUUUCCUUGACACAUGUAAGUCUAUUAAUAUUUAUUUUUGUCACUGACAGAAAAUAACUGAAUGAAACUUUUACUCGUGUCUUAUGAGUCACGAAGAGCUUAUUUUUUUGUUAAAGAUUGUUUAGAAAUGUAACGGCUGAAAUAUUUAUUGUAAGAAAGGAGUUACAUUUUCAAAAUAUAACUCAAGGUGAUAACUAAAGUGCGUUCGUGUCUCCAAGUAGAUCUUAUUUGUUGUGAAGAUUUCUCCGUUUCUCUAGAGAAAAAAGUUAAAAUCAGAGACUAGCACCCGCCAAAACUAACCCUUCGCCUCCAUGUUGUUCUCGCUGAUACUAAAGAGAAAGUUUUGAUUGUCACCG